CAGGGUUGUUGUAUGCUUGCUCUCUGAGUGUGCAUUCUUUUCCUGAGUGGAUCAGAGCUGUGUUGCCUGAAUGGGCACCGUGACCAUGUAUUGUAAGCUCCUCACUGGAGCUCUGCUUCUCUGUGCAACGCUACCAUUCCUGGUGCAAGCGGACACUUUCCCUAAUGGUACGCUGAAGACUGACUGUCUGGAGCGUAUUUUCUGGAUCUGGGUUGACCAAGGUUUCUUCGGUUCAACACCAUGGCAGCUGGAGGCGUUGACUGACCACGGCUAUAUCGAUAUAAUGCAGCAGGCAAGGGCAGCGCAGUGUGGAUACACCAUCACCAAUGAUGUGUACGGAAACGUAGAAAUCAGGAUCUCUUUCCUUGGCUGUUGGAUUAAGAAUACUAAUGACCAGAAGUUCGAUAUCAUGGUGCAGUUCCGGGUUAAUGCUUCUGGUCACAGCACUGUCUAUCCGUUGUCUAUGUCCUGCAGUCCUAGUAACCCCUGGAAUGUGAGGGAGAUAAUUUGUGAGGAGAACUACAUGGAGGUGUCUGUGACAAGACUAAUCUCAUCUGACCUCUUGAAGAACCUCUUUACGUCUAACCCUGUGGAGGACAUCUUCAGAAACUGGCAAGUUUGGUUUUUGGAUAGUUCUCCUGUUCCAAUCACUGCAAAAGAAGCCAUUAGUAAAGGCUAUGGAGUCAAUGCAACUCUGACCAGGGUGAUGGUCAGAGCUCCCUACAAUACAUCAGAGGCUCAGAUCUUUGUGACUGGGAAGUUCCACCUCAUCUUGAUUGCAAGUAAUAUGUUGUAUAGACAAACCCUACUCCGUCUGAUUGUGGACACAACAAUUGCCUGUCCAAGUGAUCCUCCAGUAUUUACAGAGACUGCACUCUCCUGGCUGACUCCUGCAGUCCUCGGCCCUUUGCUUGUUGCGAACAUCACAAACAGCCAGUUUGCCAUGGGUGUUGAUGCAAGGCUCUUAAACUCUGCUCAAAUUAAGGAGAACUCUUACAUCUUCUACAAUGACAAGACCACUGUGAAUGUGACUGUACCAUAUGGUGCUCCUGGAGGUUAUAUGGAGAGCGAUGUUGUCAACGGCUCCUACAUGACAACCUACACGAUACACCUCGUGCUACAGCGCCAGUGGCUUGGAACCAAUGAGGAUGACUCCACCACCCACACGGCCUACACACAAAUCACUGCCCCAGUGAAGGGGAUUCCCCUCAACUUCUUGGACCAUACAGUGAAAGAGAAACGCUAUUUCAAUGUGUCCCUGGGGAACUUCUAUCCAAACGUGGCUCUUAAGUCUUUUGUCAUCUACCAAGUACCGCUGGCUCUAACAGAUUUGGCACCCAGACAGAUGAGCACUACACGUGUGACCAAUCCUAACAACACCAAUGUGUUCUACCUGACUGUGCCCUUCACUGACCCUGUUGUGGAGCAGCAGUACCUUGGUGGCUACAUGAGAGAGUACACUCUGUAUGUGACAUAUAUCCUGACCCUUACAGCGAAGAACAAGGACUUCUCUUACACAGAUGUGGUAUCAUGCGUGCUAGAAGAUGUUGUGCCCCCCUCUUUUGAGGGUGAAUGCAGCAGUAACAGUCUAAUCAUUAACAUGAAGCGUGGUAACAUAGACUUUUACUGGAUCCCAUAUAUCCGGAACCUUCCUCUGGACAAGGCUCUAAUUGCAUCUCAGAACAUUACAGUCAAGAACUCUGCCAAAUCCUUCUACCUGGAGGUGCCCAGCAGUGCUGUCGGUUUGGUCUAUGAGGUUGCCACACUUGACGGGUUUCGUGUGAGUUUAGACCUCCACUUGCAUGACAACAAGACACUUGAAGUGAUGGAAUCCUUCUCGGUCAACUGCACCUUCCCUCCAGUGUCUCCAGUCUGCCUUUCCAACGGAUCCAUGAUCGUUGUUGUGGACAGUUCAGUUACUAAACCUAGCUUUGAUGCACGGAAAACCCACUUGAAGGAUCCCACCUGCACACCACUGGAGGCUACGGUGAAUAGAGCCCUCUUCAACUUUGCAGCCUACCAGUGUGGGACCACCCGCCAGUUUUAUAGUGACUACCUAGUGUACGAGAAUGAAGUGACCAUUGAUCGUCAGUUACUGCUGCCAGGGCAACCAAUUAUCACUCGGGAUUCCACAUACAGGCUGACCGUGCGAUGCAGAUACCCAAUCCGUGACACCCAGUGGCUGGGGAUAGUGUAUAACACUGCUUCAGCAUUGCAUGGACUCUCAGACAUUAAACCAAAAGCCUUACUGAGAAGAGCCAGGACCACCCUUGCAGACUUGAGAGUAGCUAAAGACAACACCUUCACCUCAUUUUACCAGCCUGCUGACUACCCGGUUUCUGUCCAGCCAGCAGAUGACCUUCAUUUCCAGGUGGUUGUGCAGAGUCCAGCAUACAUGUCUAAGCUGCAGGACUGCUGGGCUACAACCUACCAUGGCGAGAACAGGAUCACACGUUGGGACCUGAUUGUGGAUGGACAUGCUGCUGUAGCAGAGGCCUUUUCCACUGAAGUACAGACCUUGCUGGGCUUGUCUCCUCGCUUCCUGGUGACGCCUGUAGGAGCCCAGGAUGUUCAGCUGUAUGUACACUGUAAAGUCUUACUCUGUGAUGCCGGAUUACAAAUGGAGAGCUGCUGCCAAACCUGCAACCAGACCGAGCAAGGGAUAGGUAAAAGAACCUUCCCCAUGUUAUCAGAGAUGGUGUCUGUAGGUCCUAUCCGGGUUGCUGCACAAAAUGGAGUCAUUAACCAACAUGUUGCAGGAAUGGACUCUCAGUCUACAUGGAGCUGGUUCCUGGCACUUGGACUUGCUGUUAUUGCAGCUCUGACUGUUGGAGCAAUUGUUCUCACUAUCCGCCUAUUUGUAAAAUAAAUAAAAUAUUUUUUUUCUAA